UCUGUUGUGAAAUAUAGUAUAUUCCUAAAUUAAAAUUGCGGUCACGCUCGCUCCAAAAUAGAAAACAAACAAAAAAUGAGCAAUAAAUCAACAUUAUUUCCUAUAAACCUCGAUAAACUGUCCGCCAAAGAACGUCACAACUAUAUUCUUAGUCAUUUUGUGCUGCCCACAGCAGCUGAAACUGAAUCACGUAAACACAAGCGAGAUAUUGACGUUAUACGGGAGAACCAUCGAUUUCUCUGGAAUGAAGAGGACGAAGACAUUGACACAUUAACCUGGGAGCAGCGACUGGCAUUACGCUAUUAUCGUAAGCUCUUCAAAGAAUACUGCAUUGCGGACCUCACUCGCUACAAGGAGAAUAAAAUUGCCUUGCGUUGGCGCACCGAACAGGAAGUUGUCACAGGUUUGGGACAAUUCCAAUGCGGCAGUCGACAUUGUGGAGAGCGCGAAGGUUUGCGCAGCUGGGAAGUUAACUUCAAAUACCUUGAAAAUGGGGCUCCUCAAAAUGCAUUAGUGAAGGUACGUCUGUGUCCAAUACAUACGGAGCAACUAAACUAUCGUACAAAGAAAAAAGAACACAAGCGCCAACGACGACGGGAGAGGGAAGAACGUAGAUCCGAAAGAAAGCACAAAAAGCGAAAGUUAAAUGAAGAUGACGUGUCGAGCAAAGAACUGGAAGAGCAACAAACGCAACUCUCAGAAGAUGCCUCAAAUGAUGAUGAGCCAACUGUAGCCUCGAAAAACAGCCAAGAAGUUGCAGAUGAUCAAAUCUGGAGUAAGCAACUGGAUAUGAGCAAAGAGCAGCCAUCGCGAGAACAGGAAUUCGAGCGUUAUCUGGAAGAUUUGCUAAUGUAAUUGAAAGAGUACGCUUUGGUUUUGGAAAGAAGAACUGUUGUAAACACAAUAGCACUUUUAUAUAUUUAUUAUUUGGAGCUUUUGCUCUUCUCUAAGCUAUAGCUGAAGGAUGGCACAUCACUUCAGACCAAUCCCGCAUUGACCUUUCCUUGUCUUGUACAUAAUAAGUAUAGAUACAUACAAACAUUUACAUUCAUACAAUACACAAAAGUUUAAAGUUAAAUACCAACACCAAAAAAAAGUAGAGUUAAACUGGACAUUGUAAGGCUGUGUGACGUUUGUGUUUUAGAAACAGUUACGAAUACGAUUGGACUCUCGCUAGUUAAAAACUAAAUGUGUAGCAUCAUUUAUUGACUUUUUUUAGUUCGUUGCUGUGUUGUGCUAUAGUAAUUCCUUCUCAUCCUAUUAUUGUUGG